AUGGAUGUGGAAGGGAGCUGGGAGUCCAACAGUGACACUUGCGGCGCAGGGGAAGAUCGCUCGAAUGACUGCAUUCCUGAGUGGGUGGGUCAGAAAGGUGACCUCCGGCUAGACGUAGAUGAAGACUACUCUCUGCCUCCCAGCCCUGAGGGCAGCCUUGACGGACCUUCAAGCCAUCAGGAUAUCCCUGUAGACCUGUGCUGCGAAGAAGACGAAAGAAAUGGCAUAUACGGUCAGUGGAGCGAUUCAACCACAGCCAAGGGCUUCAUCACCUCUAGCACCAACUUUGACCUGCAGUGUGAAGGUGAGGACCCAGAGCCUCGUUCUUCUGCGCACACCAGAGGCAAGGUUUGUGAGGACAUUGUCAUCAUCAGUUCUUUAGAUGAGGAGGAGCCAGUGCCGACAUCUGGCAAUGUCCUACCUUACCGCCGCAAGGAAUGUGGAGAGGCCUUCCACCAUCUUGGCAGGUUGCAGGAACGCCAGCGGUACCACGGGGCUGAGCGUCCGUACCGGUGCCCCGUCUGCGGCAAAGGGUUCUUCCGUACGGCCAACCUGAGAACGCACAAGCUCAUCCAUUCGAGCGACAGGCCGAACAAGUGCCCAGAAUGCGACAAAGGGUUCCUUCACAAAGUCGACCUCUGGAGACACCUGCAGAACGUGCAUAAGAUAGAACAUUCAAAGACGCUGAGGGGUGGGCCUUUAAUCGUAGUGUCUUUGAAGGCUCAGAGCCAAAGCAGCGAGGGUUUGGCCUCUUCCCAGGUAGAUCCAGGAGAACCAGAGAGAGAACAGCCUAAACCGUACGUAUGCCCCACUUGUGGCAAGGGUUUCCGAACGUCCAACUUGCUGUUCAAGCACAAGGUGAUUCAUCGGCAGGAGAAACCAUACAAGUGCCAAGAGUGCGGGAAAGCCUUUGUCCAGCUGCUCCGCUUGAAAAGGCACCAGAAAAUUCAUACCGGGGAGCGCCCCUUCCAUUGUGAAGAGUGUGGUGGGGCAUUCACACGCCUGACUUCGCUGCAUCGUCACCAGCGCAUCCAUACCGGAGAGAAGCCCUACUCAUGCACGUACUGUGCUCAGGACUUCACAGAGUCAGGCUCCUUGAGGAGGCAUGAGCGUAUUCACCAAAUGAAAACUUCAUAG